AUGUACCAAACACUCCAUCCCCGUACCAACACCAUCCUCCCCAUCAACCAACACCAAUCCACCCAUAACCAACACCAUCCCCCAUACCAACACCAUCCAUACCACACACCAUCCCCAUCACCAUACCCAUACCAAACACCAUCCACACCAUCCCCAACACAUCCCAUACCAACACCAUUCCCCCAUACCAACACCAUCACCCAUACCAACACCAUCCCCCAUACCAACACCAUCAUCCAUACCAACACCAUCCUCUAUACCAACACCAUCCGCCAUACCAACACCAUCCGCCAUACCAACACCAUCCCCAUACCAACACCAAUCCAUACCAAACACCAUUCCCAUACCAACCACCAUCCGCAUACCAACACCAUCCGCCAUUCCUCAACACCCCCCAUACCAACACCAUCAUCCAUACCAACACAUUCCCCAUACCAACACCCAUUCCCCCAUACCAACACCUAUCCGCCACCAAACACACUUGCCAUACAGUUCACUUGCAUCCUUAGCUUCCCCUCGCACCCAUUACAUUAA